AUGGGGAAAAAUAAGAAGAAAAGCAGUAAAAACAAGGCGAGUAGUCAUGAAAUUCCUACGGACGAAGUGAUUCACACCAAUGAUACUCCUUCAAAAGAACUUGAGGAUUCACUUGAAACUGAAGGACUGCUUCAAAAGGAAACAGAUCCAAAUAGUAACCAAUGUUCGCCGCAAGUGCCAGAAGAACAUGGUAAUCAACUACGGUCUGAUACUUUAACUGAAGAAAAUGAUAUAGCUGAUAAAGCAGCUUUCAAAACCGAUGAUUCGGUGUCUUCAAAUCCAGAACAAAAUGAUAACAAAGCCCUUGUCGCCGAUUUGGCUAGAGUACAAGAAGAACGCGAUCAGUUUGAACUUCAAUACAAUACACUGCUCAGCCGGUUAUCUUCAAUGAAGACGGUGUUCAGCAAGAUGAAAGAAUCGCAGGCGGAAUUAGAAACAUGCCAGGAACAAUUAAGAGAAUAUGAAUCACAGAACCUGAAAUUGAAUAACAAACUUGAUUCAAUUAAAAGAGAAAAUCAUCAGCUUCAAAGCACAGUUAGCACAUUAAAUCAAGAAAUCUCAAGUUUGAACAGGGAAUGUGAGACCUUGUCAGAUCAGUAUUCACAGGCUAAACACAGAGUCGAAGCUCUAGAAGAACAACUUGAGAGAUCCAAAUCUGAUCGUGACAAUGAAAAAGAGGUACAUCUUUCAGAGACCCAUAUUUUACAAGAAAAGAUACGAGAACUUACCAUUCUGUUAGAUAAUAGUAAGCAGGACAUGAGUGCUUUGUCCCAAGAAGUGGAGGACUAUCAGCAACAGUUAGAAAGCAGCCAGGAACAGAAAGUACAGCUUGAGAAAAGUUUGAAAGAAAUAGAAGAUCAGCUGCAAGCAGACACGAUCAAAAAUGCCGAAACAAUUAACGCCAGAGAUACCAAAAUAAGGGAACUUCAAAAUGAACUAAAAAACGCUGAAGAAAAGCAUUUAAGUGAUAGUAGGACGAUUGCAGAAUUAGAUGAACGGGUUCAGUCGAUGAGCGAAGACUUGGAUAAAAAGAAGGCACUUGAACAAGAGUGUAAAGAACGGGUCCUACAGAUUGGAAAGCUACGCCAUGAGGCGAUCAUUCUUAAUGAACAUUUAACCAAGGCCCUAGCAAUGCUGAAACAGAGUAAUGAUUCUGAAAACGUUGAUAAGGAAUUGAUAUCCAAUCUACUCAUUUCCUUUGUAUCAAUUCCUCGUGGUGAUCCCAAAAAAUUCGAGGUGUUGGAAUUGAUUUCUAGCUUCUUGAGCUGGGAUGAUGAUAAAAAACAGCAGGCCGGAUUGAUUCACUCUGCCAAUGGUUUGCGAGUUAGCAAAACUAAUUCAAGGACCGAGAACUUCGUUUCUUUAUGGACUGAAUUUCUUGAAAAGGAGAGCGAGAAAUAG